AUGUCAUCCCAAGAAGUAUCCGAAGAAGACCCUCUAAUCAAGCCUCCUAUUUCUGUUCAAUUUCGAACACUCAAGUCUUUAUUUUACAAGUUUUUUGAAAGUGACUCGAAAAUUUAUGUAGUUUUGAUAAAUAUAUUCCUUACAUCUUUAUCGUCAUAUACACUUUUUUAUUCUAUCAGACUAUUUCUUUCAGAGGAUUUGGAUUAUUCCGAUUCAAUGACAGGGACUUAUUAUGCAAUUUUUGGCUUGUGCAUAGCUUUAUAUUUACUUUUAUUAGGAACUUAUGUUGAUGUGGCUGGACAUGAGAUUGCCUUGAUGCAAUCAGGCCUAUUACUUAUAUGUGGGGCAAUUUUGAUUACUUUUAUAGAAAAUGCUGGAAUUUUUAUCACUACACUAUAUACAGCGAUUUCAAUUGGGAUUGCAUUAGGGAUUGCAUCGAGCAAAACUUCGAUAAAAGAUUAUACAACAAAAGAUACUGGAAAUGUGGCUAUUGCGUUGGCUGUUAUUUUUAUUAUUGGCACAAGUCCUUUAUCAGGUAUUAUUGUAAAUUUUUCAUCUGCACUUGCUGGGGAUAAUUACUGGGAAUAUCGAGUUGGCUUUUUGGUUGGCUCAUUUUUCGCCCUUAUGACCAUUAUUGGAGGCUUUUAUUUGAAUAAUUACAGUGAAGUUCACAAUGAAGUAGGACUUCCAGACAAAAGUUAUUUACAGUCAUUUAGAGAGGCAGUGAAAACCAAGAGAUUUUGACGAUUUUUCGUUUUAUCUUUCCUCUUGACACUAGAAAAAACAUCUUUUAGGCAUUUGGAUGCAACAUUGCCUACAUAUAUGGAAAGAGAAAUAGGAGAAAAUGCUAAUUAUGGGAUAGUCUUAGCGUUCAAUUUAGUAGCUGUUGUAGUUUUCACAAUAUGCUUUAUCCCAUUAAGCUAUUAUUAUAAUUCAUAUUCAGUUGUAACAAUAGGAGCUCUCGUUUCUGGAAUAUCGCCCUUAUUCUUUUUAUUUGGCUCUACAUAUGUAACUUGCUCAGCUUUUGCGAUUGGUGUUGCUCUAGCUGAAUCACUGAUUGUUCCAAGAAUGAUGGACUAUGCCUUUCAUUUCGCUCCCCAUGGAGAAGUAGGUGUCUAUAUUGGUAUUUUAUCCGCAAAAUAUUACCUGGCUAUGACUAUAAGUGGACUUAUGUCAGGAUUUUUAUUGGAAGAGUUCUGUCCAGAAGAUGGAGAAAGAGACUGCCAAUAUAUGUGACUGAUAAUUGCAGCAGUUGCUUUAAUUGCGCCGUUAACGAUGUGGAUAUUUAGAUCAUGGAUCGAGCAGCCAUUAAAUGAACUAGACCCAUACAUAGUAGAUGAAGAAAACGAAGUCAAGUAA